CGAGCUGCCGAGCUAGCUAGAGGGCGACAUUUCGACAUGUGUGAUCAUCGUUCAUGCUCGCAAGAGCCGUCGAUCAGAACAACGCUACAGAUGGCGUCGAAACAGUUGAUAAAUCUACAUUUAAUCGCUGGACAACUUUGUGUUUGGCAUGCUGAUGAAGUUGAAAUACUUCGUCGUGAACACCAUAUUGUGGGUUCAUUGAUAGGUGCUUUGCCUGGAGCUCCAAGGCAGAAUAUACAGCUUGGUCUACCUCUACAACUCAUGCCAGAAGAAGCAGCUGUGCUCCUUCAACAUGGAGUUGGUAGACUCGUGACAAUGUCUGUAGCCAAACCAAGUAAAUACCAAGUGAAGGCUUUUGACCAACAGAGGAUGGAUUCUAUCAAAAAACAGAAACUUCUGUGGCAAGAGCAUGUCUUGGAACAGAGGAAUCAGCUGAGGGAGGUGAUUGAAGAAGGGAGAAGAAGAAAGAAGGAACAAAGGAAAAAGAUGGGAAAAGAGUUGUCCAAGAGAACAGGGCAAGAAGAAAGAGACGAUCCUACUGAAAAGAUGGAAACUAAUUGUGAGGGAAAGGAGAAGGAAGCUGAAGAAAUAAAGCCUGCAGAGCAAAUGACAAUCAAGGGUGAUAUAGGAGAGGUAGAAGGAGAAGGAAAUGAUUGCCUAUUGGUGAAUGAGGAAGGCAUGGAUGGAAGGCUUCACUCUUUGGAUGAACCAAUCGUUGAGGGAGAGAACGAGAGAAAAGAAGGAAUGAGUUGCAGCAAUGAAAGAGCUGGAAACAAAGCAGCGGAAGAAGAAGCAAAUGGGGACAUUCCUCUAGGUGACGACCGUGAGACUUGCAGGAAGGGAGAUGGGACAUUUCUGGAGGACAAAUCAGGAAGAACUAGAUCUUCUCCGCCUCAGGAUAACGGAGUAACAGAGGAAAAGCAUGGUGCAAGUUCCGAAGUAAAGAGGAACGAUGGAAGUGAAAGGUCUCCUCAUGAAGUCAGUGAGUGCUGUGCUGAUCAGGAGACUCCUGAAGAUUGCCCUAAGAGAUCGAUCAUGCAUCAGGAGGAGGAGGAUAACGUCAAAGAAGAUGGCUGCUCAGUCCAACUCUUGAUAGCGGAACCACCAGACAGCAAGUUUAUCUUGGAAGCACCUCCUAGCGCCUGGCGAUACCCUUCUACUGAGAGAGAGAUUCUCAAAUGUAGGGUGUUCCGUCAUUUCUGGGAGAUGGGAUACUACCUGACAUCCGGCACCAAGUUUGGUGGAGACUUCUUGGUUUAUCCAGGUGACCCAUUACUCUUCCAUUCCUACUUCAUUGUAGUGUGUGUACCUCACCAUAAACAACUAACACCACUGGAGCUCAUCAGCCAUGGUAGGUUAGGAACUUUUGUCAAGAAGGCUGUUGUCCUUUGCUCGGUCAAUAAUCAGAAAGAAGUUGUCUGUACCUCUCUGCAGUGGGCUGGUAUAAGUUGAGAAUGUUGGUUGGUCUGCUCGUCAGGACUGAAGCACUGCAGAAGCACCUUGAAAGCACUCUGGAAACACUUCAGAAGCACUCUGGAAGCACUGAGGAACCACUCUGGAAACACGUCAGAAGCACUCCGGAAUCACUGAGGAAGCACCCUGGAAGCAUUGCAGAAGUACUCCGGAAGCACUGAGGAAGCACUCUGGAAACACUUCAGAAGCACUCCGGAAGAACUGAGGAAGCACCCUGGAAGCAUUGCAGAAGUGGUGUGGACACUCUCCAGAAGCAGUCGAAAAGCUUGUGAAAGCACUUUUGUAACUCUUCAGAAGCAAAGCAGAAGCACUACAAAAUACCCAGGAGUCACUUUGAAGAAGCUAGCUUGAGAAUAAAUGAGAAAUAUUGUCCAGUGAUUGUCAUAUGUCCCAAAAGUCACUCUUCACUGAGGUUCUCUACUCGAUGUUCAGUAUUAACAAUGCCUUGAAUCACUUGAUGAUAUUGACCCAGAAGGCUAUUCUAUUGGUGCAAUAUUCAUGCACGUGUGUGAGCGCCUUGAUAGCGAUGCAGGAGACUCAAGGUUAUUUACAACAGCACAAGGCUAGUGCUUUUACAUAACAUUGUCACUAGCAUCUCAAGCCAAAAUCAUUGCAUUAUUUGUUUUAUUUACGAAAACUAUGCAUAGGUGAAAAAUCAGGUCAUCAAACCUUGUCUCAGUGUGUAGCAUACAUGUGUUUGCCAAUCUAUAUCUCUAUGGAAACCUACAUUUCUUUAAAACAUUUGCUUUUUACAGUUGCCUUUAUAUAUAUUUAAUGCAUGUCACCAAAGAAAAUGGAAUGUGAUGUUUAAAGGGAUGGUCUGGGCUGAAAGUAUUUAAGUUUAGUAAAUAGAGUAGAAUUCACUUAGCAAAAUGCCAAAAAUUUCAUCAAAAUCGUAUACUAAAUAACAAAGUUAUUGAAUUUUAAAAUUUUGUGAAAACAGUCGUCAUGAAAAUUCAUUAGGUGGGCUGAUGAUGUCACAUCCCCACUUGUUCUUUUGUAUUUUAUUAUAUGAAUUAAGGUUUAUUCAAUUUUUUUCCUCCAAGAACAAGAAAAAUUGGAUUGACAACUGAUUUAGUGCAUUAGAUUUUUAUUGCUGCAACUUAUUUCAUUAUAAGGGAGACGUAUUAUUCACACAAGUAUGAAAUAAUGGAAAAAAUAUGAUUUUAUGUAAUAACAUAAGAAAACGGAAAGUGGGGAUGUGACAUCAUCAGCCCACCUAAUGAAUAUUCUAAUGAAUAUUUUGUGAAAACAGCCCAUUGCAGAAAGAGUUGAGAUCAAACGCAAACUCAAAAAAUCUUGUGCAACUUGAUUUUCAGCUAAUGAAGCAACCGUAUUCGGGACUUGCGCUUGAUAUUUUUACUUGCGUUUAAUCGCUCCUCUUUCUGCAACAGGCCCCUGAUGGUGUCAUCUCUCCUCUUAUUCUUUUUUAGCAAUCAUGGGAAAUUAUGUAAAUUCAAAUUUUGUUCUCCAAGAAUGUAAAUUGGGAUCGACUACUGAUUUAAUGUGUAAGUUAAACAUUGCUGAAACUUCUUUUGUUACAAGGGACACAUGUUUUGACACACAUCUAUGAAACAAGGAAAUGAUUAUGAUUUCCUGAAAAUUGAAGAAAAGGAAAGUGGUUACAUGACAUCAUUAGCCUAAUUACCGUAUAAAUCUAUCGUUGUAAUAUUGAUAUGUUAAUGAUGUACACACCAAAGUACACUUUACCCUUCAGUAUAGAAUAGCACUAACUCAGGAAUGCUUUAAAAUUAUAGUAUGACAUGGAUAUGAUAUGAAGAAGAGUAGAAUUUGAAAAUGAAAGUUUAAAUUUAAUUGAUUUUUAUAUCAAUUUGAAGGGGAAUCAAACCUUGGUCUGUAAAUGUUGUGUGAGAGAGGAGACAAAUAAGUAAAACAGAUUGGUGCAGGUUCAAAAGAAGUUUUGGCUUUUUUUCUUUUUUAUUGUUUGUUCAAAACUUACACCUACAUGUAUCUACUUGUCUGAUGUUUACAUUUGGCAGGGGGGGGGGGAUGAAUCAGGUAUCGGGGUGAAAUUUGAAUUAUUAUAAAGCCUAAAAAAAUAAUACAUUGCCCUCAUCUGACAGACCCUAAAAUGUGAGAAAAACAUGGUCAUUUUUUAUUAUUUUUUUUUUGGCAGACCCAAAAUAUACAAGUGAAGUGAUUUUUUGUGAGAAAAUGUCAGGUUUGGGCAAAGAAUUUGCUCAAAUUUGUAUUCAGUGGCUUUAAUAUGUGUUUUGACAUGUCUGACAAUCAUCCCAUGCAUGAAUUUCUUUGUGCAGUGCAGCAACAAAGGUAUUUAAAAAAAAAAAAAAAAAGAAAACCAACCGACCGACCAGCCCAUCUCUCUGAUCUGGGUCUUAUGAGGGCAAAAUAACCAUUUUUUAUUAGGCCUAAUCUAUGCGCAAUGAAAAGUAGCUACUUUUUAUAGAUCGGACAAAUAUAGUUUAAUCAUGUCUUGUUUGUUUGGUUCUAAGAGGGAAGUUGUGUCCUAGAAAGAGAUGUGGUUCAUAAUUGAAUGUAUGCCUGCCAUCACAGUUUUGUCAACUUAUUAAAAUUCAUAUUUUGCAGGGAAGAAAAAUAAAUCAUCUCUGUAUUAUGCACAAGUUGAA